AUGCAUGCUGGGAAAAGGCUCUGGAGGUGUCUGGCUCUGGCCCUGAUGGUGAAGUCCGUGCAGGCGUUUGGAACCGAACAGGGUUUUUCUUGUUCGGCUCGACUCAAUUCCAAAUGUCAACUUUGGGGGAAAGACGUGGAGGAGAUUCCCGUCAACAUCUCCCUCAACACCACGUAUUUAGAGGUGAUUGAGACCAACGUGGCUGUGAUCCCCGGAAGACGCCUCUCCAACCUUCAGCGUCUCCGAAUACUCACCAUCAGACAGAACAAUCGGCUGGAGACCAUCGAAGAGUCCGCCUUCUCAGACCUCGCUCUUCUUUCCUCCAUAACGGUCUCGGGGCACCUGGCGCUGAGGAGAAUAGAAGCGUUCGCCUUCUGGAAUCUUCCAGAACUCACCGAGAUAACCAUCACCAAUGCCAAGCACCUGCAGAGGAUCGAUCCCGGUGCGUUCAGGAACAUCUCGAAACUCAAUAUGCUAAUCAUCUCCAACACCGGUCUGAACGUGUUCCCGGAUGUCGGACUGAUCCACUCCAUCUCGACUGAAUUCAUAUUUGACUUCCGUGACAACAUCUACAUCACUGAAGUUCCUCCCAAUGCGUUCAAAGGCCUCUGCUCCCAAACCAUCGACCAAAUACGUCUGAGCGAAAACGGCCUCGAGCGAGUGGCGAGCAGCGCCUUCAACGCCACCAGGAUGCGGCGACUGUUCCUGAACCAGAACCCUGCUCUCCGUGACUUCAGCGCUGAUGCGUUCGCGGGGCCCAGUGAGUUGGAGUUACUGGACAUCUCGCACACAGCCCUGAGCUCCGUGCCGGACUCCAUCCUCGGAAGCCUUCUGAACAUCAUCGCCAAAUCUGCGUUCAACCUUAAACAGUUCCCCCCCUUCACUCGGCUGAAAAACGCUGAGCUCACCUUCCCCUCGCACUGCUGCGCCAUCAACAGCAACAACAACAGGUCCAAGUUGACCGAUUUAUGCUCCAACCCCGAUGUGCACAAAGACGACCACUUUUACGGAGAAUACUGCCAGCCCUGCACGCCGAUGCCCGACGCCUUCAAUCUCUGUGAGGACAUCAUGGCCGCCGUCUCCCUACGGGUGCUCAUCUGGGUCAUUUCUGUGUUGGCGCUCCUCGGAAACACUGCGGUGCUGCUGGUUCUCUUGGGCACCAGAGCGAAGUUGACGGUCCCGCGGUUCCUCAUGUGUCACCUGGCCUUCGCCGACCUGUGCAUGGGAGUGUAUCUGGCCGUCAUAGCAACAGUUGACAUGUUCACGCGGGGGAAAUACUACAACUACGCCAUCGACUGGCAGACCGGGCUGGGCUGCAGCGCCGCGGGAUUCUUCACCGUGUUUGCCAGUGAGUUAUCCGUCUUCACGCUGACAGCCAUCACCCUGGAGCGCUGGCACACCAUCACCCACGCCCUGCGCCUGGACCGGAAGCUGCGGCUGAGGCACGCCUGCUUCGUGAUGGCCGGCGGGUGGCUCUUCUCGCUCAUCGCCGCCCUCCUCCCAACACUAGGGGUCAGCAGCUACGGCAAGGUGAGCAUCUGCCUCCCCAUGGACGUGGACUCCACCGUGGCUCAGAUCUACGUGGUCUCUCUGCUGCUGCUGAACGUGGUCGCCUUCCUGUGCGUCUGCGUCUGCUACCUCAGCAUCUACCUGACCAUCCGGAACCCCACCUCGGCCCCCGCGCACGCCGACACGCGCAUUGCAAAGCGCAUGGCCCUCCUCAUCUUCACCGACUUCCUCUGCAUGGCCCCCAUCUCCUUCUUCGCCAUCUCCGCCGCUCUCAAACUCCCCCUCAUCACCGUGACCGAGGCCAAGUUUCUGCUCGUGCUUUUUUACCCCAUCAACUCCUGCUCCAACCCCUUCCUGUACGCCUUCUGUACGCGCACGUUCCGGCGAGAUUUCUUCCUGCUGGCGGCGCGGUUCGGCGUGUGCAAGGCCAGAGCGCAGAUCUACAGAACAGAGACGUCGUCGUGCCAACAACCGGCCUGGACCUCCCCCAAGAGCAGUCACAUAAUGCUCUGCUCGCUGGCCAACACCCUGCACAGCAUUGACAGCAAGCAGGAUUUCUGA